AAACCAGUAAUUCCGAGGGCGAGCAAGCGGGCCGGGACCGGCCAAGCCCACAUCUCUCUCCGCAGCGCAGGGCUGGGCAGGGGCGCCGCGGGACCCGCUCAGCCACAGCCGGUUUGGGGCGCUCCUCUGCUCCCUGUUUCCCCCCACUUUUUUCCCUCCCCCUUUCUGGAAGGGCUUGUGCACAGGGUGGGAGAAACAGACACAAACACCAAAGUGGAAAACAGUUAAUGACCAGCCACAGCGUCACUGCUGUGUGCUCUGGCUACUUCCUCCAGGGCUCUCGAGCCACACACACAGGUCGCUGUGGCUGCCAGCAGAGGUAACAUGGCUUGUUGGCCUCAGUUAAGGUUGCUGCUGUGGAAGAACUUGACGUUCCGAAGACGACAAACAUGUCAGCUGUUACUGGAAGUGGCCUGGCCUCUCUUUAUCUUCCUGAUCCUGAUCUCCGUCCGCCUGAGCUACCCGCCCUAUGAACAACAUGAGUGCCACUUCCCAAAUAAAGCCAUGCCUUCUGCAGGAACCCUUCCGUGGGUACAGGGGAUUAUCUGUAAUGCCAACAACCCUUGCUUCCGUUAUCCGACUCCCGGUGAGGCUCCCGGUGUUGUUGGAAACUUUAACAAGUCCAUUGUGUCUCGCCUGUUCUCAGAUGCUCGGAGGCUUCUUUUAUACAGCCAAAAGGACACCAGCAUUAAGGACAUACACAAGGUCCUAAGAACGUUACGACAGAUCAAGCAUUCCAACCCAAAUUUGAAGCUCCAGGAUUUCCUGGUGGACAAUGAAACCUUCUCUGGAUUCCUUCAUCACAACCUGUCCCUCCCAAGGCCCACUGUGGACAGCCUGCUGCAGGCUGAUGUCAGUCUCCAGAAGGUAUUUUUGCAAGGCUACCAGUUACAUUUGGCCAGCCUGUGUAAUGGAUCAAAAUUGGAAGACAUUGUUCGGCUUGGUGACCCGGCAGUUUCUGCCCUUUGUGGUUUACCGAGGGAGAAGCUGGAUGCAGCAGAGCGAAUGUUGCGUUACAACAUGGACAUCCUGAAGCCAGUCGUGAAAAGUCUAAACUCCACAUCUCUCCCGACCCACCACCUGGCUGAAGCCACCAAAACAUUGCUGGACAGCUUAGCGGGGCUGGCCCAAGAGCUGUUCAGCACAAAGAGCUGGAGUGACAUGCGCCAGGAGGUGAUGUUUCUGACCAACGUGAAUAGCUCCGGCUCCUCCACCCAGAUCUACCAGGCUGUGUCCCGCAUCGUCUGUGGUCACCCAGAGGGCGGGGGGCUGAAGAUCAAGUCACUCAACUGGUAUGAGGAUAACAACUACAAAGCCCUCUUUGGAGGCAACAGCACUGAGGAAGACAUGGACACCUUCUAUGACAACUCCACAACUCCUUAUUGCAAUGAUUUGAUGAAGAACUUGGAGUCCAGUCCUCUUUCUCGAAUUAUUUGGAAGGCACUCAAGCCACUGCUUGUUGGAAAGAUUCUGUAUACACCUGACACUCCAGCUACAAGGCAGGUCAUGGCUGAGGUGAACAAGACCUUCCAGGAGCUGGCUGUGUUCCAUGACCUGGAGGGUAUGUGGGAAGAACUCAGCCCCCAAAUCUGGACCUUCAUGGAGAGCAGCCAAGAGAUGGACCUUGUUCGUACGCUGUUAGACAGCAGAGGCAAUGACCAGUUUUGGGAACAGAAGUUGGAUGGAUUAGAUUGGACCGCCCAAGACAUCAUGGCAUUUCUGGCCAAGAACCCCGAGAAUGUUCAGUCCCCAAAUGGCUCUGUGUAUACGUGGAGAGAAGCUUUCAAUGAAACCAGCCAGGCAAUCCGGACGAUAUCUCGCUUCAUGGAGUGUGUCAACCUGAACAAGCUGGAGCCCGUUCCAACAGAAGUCCGCCUCAUCAACAAGUCCAUGGAGCUGCUGGAUGAGAGGAAGUUCUGGGCUGGUAUCGUGUUCACAGGAAUCCCUCCUGGCAGUGUGGAGCUGCCCCAUCACGUUAAGUACAAGAUCCGAAUGGACAUUGACAACGUGGAGAGGACCAAUAAGAUCAAGGAUGGGUACUGGGACCCCGGUCCCCGGGCUGACCCCUUUGAGGAUAUGCGCUACGUCUGGGGGGGCUUCGCCUACUUGCAGGAUGUGAUAGAGCAGGCGAUCAUCAGAGUGCUGACGGGAACCGAGAAGAAAACGGGCGUCUAUGUGCAACAGAUGCCCUACCCCUGUUAUGUUGAUGACAUUUUCCUGAGGGUGAUGAGCCGGUCCAUGCCUCUCUUCAUGACCUUGGCCUGGAUUUACUCUGUGGCUGUGAUCAUCAAGGGCAUUGUAUAUGAGAAGGAGGCGCGGUUGAAGGAGACCAUGCGGAUCAUGGGUCUGGACAAUGGCAUUCUCUGGUUUAGCUGGUUCAUCAGCAGCCUCAUCCCUCUGCUCGUGAGUGCUGGCCUGCUGGUCGUCAUCUUGAAGCUAGGAAACCUGCUGCCCUACAGUGACCCCAGCGUGGUGUUUGUCUUCCUGUCUGUGUUUGCCAUGGUGACCAUCCUGCAGUGCUUCCUCAUUAGCACGCUCUUCUCCCGGGCCAACCUGGCUGCAGCCUGUGGAGGCAUCAUCUACUUCACGCUGUACCUGCCCUACGUCCUGUGCGUAGCCUGGCAGGACUAUGUGGGCUUCUCCAUCAAGAUCUUUGCUAGCCUUCUGUCUCCUGUGGCUUUUGGAUUUGGCUGUGAAUACUUUGCCCUUUUCGAGGAGCAAGGCAUCGGGGUACAAUGGGACAAUCUCUUUGAGAGCCCGGUGGAGGAAGACGGCUUCAAUCUCACCACCGCAGUGUCCAUGAUGCUGUUUGACACCUUCCUCUAUGGAGUGAUGACAUGGUACAUCGAAGCUGUCUUUCCAGGACAGUAUGGGAUUCCCAGGCCCUGGUAUUUUCCUUGUACCAAGUCCUACUGGUUUGGUGAGGAAAGUGAUGAGAAGAACCACCUUGGUUCCAGCCAGAAAGGAGUAUCAGAAAUCUGCAUGGAAGAGGAACCCACUCAUCUGAGGCUGGGUGUGUCCAUUCAGAACCUGGUGAAGGUUUACCGAGAUGGCAUGAAGGUGGCUGUGGAUGGCUUGGCGCUAAAUUUUUAUGAGGGCCAGAUCACCUCCUUCCUGGGUCACAAUGGAGCAGGGAAAACCACCACCAUGUCAAUACUCACUGGGUUGUUCCCCCCAACUUCCGGCACUGCCUACAUCCUGGGGAAGGACAUUCGUUCUGAGAUGAGUUCCAUCCGGCAGAACCUGGGAGUCUGUCCCCAGCAUAAUGUGUUGUUUGACAUGCUGACAGUCGAAGAGCACAUUUGGUUCUACGCCCGCCUGAAGGGGCUCUCAGAGAAGCACGUGAAAGCGGAGAUGGAGCAGAUGGCCCUGGAUGUUGGCUUACCCCCCAGCAAACUGAAAAGCAAAACAAGCCAGCUCUCGGGUGGGAUGCAGAGAAAGCUGUCUGUGGCCUUGGCUUUUGUGGGUGGAUCCAAGGUCGUCAUUCUGGAUGAGCCCACAGCAGGUGUGGACCCUUACUCUCGCAGGGGAAUAUGGGAGCUCCUGCUGAAAUAUCGGCAAGGCCGCACCAUUAUUCUGUCUACACACCACAUGGAUGAAGCAGACAUCCUGGGAGACCGAAUUGCCAUCAUUUCCCAUGGGAAGCUGUGCUGUGUGGGCUCCUCCCUGUUUCUGAAAAACCAGCUGGGAACCGGUUACUACCUGACCUUGGUCAAGAAAGAUGUGGAAUCGUCCCUCAGUUCCUGCAGAAACAGCAGCAGCACUGUGUCAUGUCUGAAGAAGGAGGACAGUGUUUCUCAGAGCAGUUCUGAUGCUGGCCUGGGCAGCGACCAUGAAAGUGACACGCUGACCAUCGAUGUCUCUGCCAUCUCCAACCUCAUCAGGAAGCAUGUAUCUGAAGCCCGGCUGGUGGAAGACAUUGGCCAUGAACUGACUUACGUGCUGCCGUAUGAAGCUGCUAAGGAGGGAGCUUUCGUGGAACUCUUCCACGAGAUUGAUGAUCGGCUCUCAGACUUGGGCAUCUCCAGUUACGGCAUCUCAGAGACCACCCUAGAAGAAAUAUUCCUCAAAGUGGCUGAAGAGAGUGGGGUGGAUGCGGAGACCUCAGAUGGCACUUUGCCAGCGAGACGAAACAGACGGGCCUUCGGGGACAAGCAGAGCUGUCUGCGCCCAUUUACUGAAGACGAUGCUAUUGAUCCAAAUGACUCUGACAUAGACCCAGAAUCCAGGGAGACAGACCUGCUCAGUGGGAUGGAUGGCAAGGGCUCCUACCAGCUGAAAGGCUGGAAACUCACACAACAACAGUUUGUGGCCCUUUUGUGGAAGAGGCUUCUGAUAGCCAGACGGAGCAGGAAGGGGUUCUUUGCUCAGAUUGUCCUGCCGGCUGUCUUUGUUUGCAUUGCCCUGGUGUUCAGCCUGAUCGUGCCACCCUUUGGCAAGUACCCCAGCCUGGAACUACAGCCCUGGAUGUAUAAUGAGCAGUAUACAUUUGUCAGUAAUGAUGCUCCAGAGGACACAGGCACCCAGCAACUCCUGAAUGCUCUAACCAAAGACCCAGGCUUUGGGACCCGAUGUAUGGAAGGAAACCCAAUCCCAGAUACGCCUUGCUUGGUGGGGGAGGAGGACUGGACCACUGCCCCAGUUCCCCAGACCAUCAUGGACCUCUUUCAAAAUGGGAACUGGACGAUGAAGAACCCCUCACCUGCCUGCCAGUGUAGCAGUGACAAAAUCAAGAAGAUGCUGCCUGUGUGCCCCCCGGGGGCCGGGGGGCUGCCACCUCCUCAGAGAAAACAGAACACGGCAGACAUCCUUCAGAACCUGACGGGAAGAAACAUUUCCGAUUACCUGGUGAAGACGUAUGUGCAGAUCAUAGCGAAAAGCUUAAAGAACAAGAUCUGGGUGAAUGAGUUCCGGUAUGGUGGAUUUUCCCUGGGUGUCAGUAAUUCUCAAGCACUUCCUCCAAGUCAAGAAGUAAAUGAUGCUAUCAAGCAAGUGAAGAAACUCUUGAAGCUGACCAAGGACAGUUCUGCAGAUCGGUUUCUCAGCAGUUUGGGAAGGUUCAUGACAGGACUGGAUACCAAAAACAAUGUCAAGGUGUGGUUCAAUAACAAGGGCUGGCAUGCUAUCAGCUCUUUCCUGAAUGUCAUCAACAAUGCCAUUCUCCGGGCCAACCUACAGAAGGGAGAGAAUCCAAGCCAGUAUGGGAUUACUGCUUUCAAUCAUCCCCUGAAUCUCACCAAGCAGCAGCUCUCGGAGGUGGCUCUGAUGACCACAUCUGUCGACGUCCUUGUGUCUAUUUGUGUCAUCUUUGCGAUGUCGUUUGUCCCAGCCAGCUUUGUUGUGUUCCUGAUCCAGGAGCGGGUCAGCAAAGCGAAGCACCUGCAGUUCAUCAGCGGGGUCAAGCCUGUCAUCUACUGGCUCUCCAAUUUUGUGUGGGAUAUGUGCAAUUAUGUGGUUCCUGCUACACUGGUCAUUAUCAUCUUCAUCUGCUUCCAGCAGAAGUCCUAUGUGUCCUCCACCAACCUGCCUGUCCUAGCCCUUCUGCUUUUGCUGUAUGGGUGGUCGAUCACACCUCUCAUGUACCCAGCCUCCUUCGUGUUCAAGAUCCCCAGCACCGCCUACGUGGUCCUCACCAGUGUGAACCUCUUCAUCGGCAUCAAUGGCAGUGUGGCCACUUUCGUACUGGAGCUCUUUACCAACAAUAAGCUGAAUAACAUCAAUGACAUCCUGAAGUCUGUGUUUCUGAUCUUCCCACAUUUUUGCCUGGGACGAGGGCUCAUUGACAUGGUGAAAAACCAGGCAAUGGCCGACGCCCUGGAGAGGUUUGGGGAGAAUCGCUUUGUGUCUCCACUCUCUUGGGACUUGGUAGGACGAAACCUUUUUGCCAUGGCUGUGGAAGGGGUGGUGUUCUUCCUCAUUACUGUUCUGAUCCAGUACAGAUUUUUCAUCAGGCCCAGACCUGUAAAGGCGAAGCUUCCUCCUUUGAAUGAUGAAGAUGAGGAUGUGAGACGGGAGAGACAGAGAAUUCUGGAUGGUGGAGGACAGAAUGACAUCCUGGAAAUCAAGGAGCUGACUAAGAUCUACAGGAGGAAGCGGAAGCCUGCCGUGGACAGGAUUUGCGUGGGCAUUCCUCCUGGGGAGUGCUUUGGACUCCUGGGAGUUAAUGGUGCUGGGAAGUCAUCAACUUUCAAGAUGCUGACUGGAGACACCACUGUGACCAGAGGGGAUGCUCUUCUUAACAAAAACAGCAUCUUAUCAGAUAUCCAUGAAGUACAUCAGAACAUGGGCUACUGCCCUCAGUUCGAUGCCAUCACAGAGCUGCUGACUGGGAGAGAGCACGUGGAGUUCUUUGCCCUCUUGAGGGGAGUCCCAGAGAAAGAAGUUGGCAAGGUUGGUGAAUGGGCAAUUCGCAAACUGGGCCUUGUAAAGUAUGGAGAAAAAUAUGCCAGUAACUACAGUGGAGGUAACAAACGAAAGCUCUCCACAGCCAUGGCUUUGAUCGGUGGGCCUCCUGUGGUGUUUCUGGAUGAACCAACCACAGGCAUGGAUCCCAAAGCUCGGAGAUUCUUGUGGAAUUGUGCCCUAAGCAUUGUUAAGGAGGGGAGAUCCGUGGUCCUUACAUCUCAUAGUAUGGAAGAAUGUGAAGCUCUUUGCACAAGGAUGGCCAUUAUGGUCAAUGGGAGGUUCAGGUGCCUUGGCAGUGUCCAACAUCUGAAAAACAGGUUUGGAGAUGGUUACACAAUAGUUGUACGAAUAGCAGGGUCCAACCCUGACCUGAAGCCUGUCCAGGAGUUCUUUGGACUCGCCUUUCCAGGAAGUGUCCUUAAAGAGAAACACCGAAACAUGCUACAGUACCAGCUUCCAUCCUCCUUGUCAUCUCUGGCCAGGAUAUUCAGCAUCCUCUCCCAGAGCAAAAAGCGACUCCACAUAGAAGACUACUCUGUCUCCCAGACAACACUUGACCAAGUAUUUGUGAACUUUGCCAAGGACCAAAGUGAUGAUGACCACUUAAAGGACCUGUCAUUACACAAAAAUCAGACAGUUGUGGAUGUGGCUGUCCUAACGUCUUUUUUGCAAGAUGAGAAAGUGAAAGAAAGUUAUGUAUGAAGAGUCCUGCUCAUACAGGGUGAAUGAAAGGAAGGGAGAGCUAGAUCUUCCUUUGCACUGUGUCAAGUGUUCCAGAAGAAAGAGUCCUGCAUUUCUGCAGAGAAAAACCAACUGGAAACUGUACUGACACUAUUCAAUGCAAUGCAAUUCAAUGCAAUGAGAACUCACAAUUCCAUUACAGGGGCAGUGCCUUUGUAGCCUAUGUCUUGUAUGGCUCUGUAGAGAAAAUGACUUGAAGUUAGUUCAUUACCUUAUACAGAUGUGAAACUCUGGUAUGGAACCAAGCAGACUAUGGGUUUGGAUUCAUACUCUUUUGUUCCUGUGUAUUCUCACUGGGAUUGCAAUAACAAUCCAUCAAAUAGUCAUGGCCAGUUAUAAUCAAAGUCAAAGGCACCCAUUAAGCCAUGCUGAACCACAAAAUUGAUUUCCUGGUGACACAUCCAUUGCUGGCAAUGAGUGUGCCAGAAUUACUAGUGCCAAGUUGCUUAGAAAGUCUGAAGCACUGAGGUGUGUCACACACACUUUUGUGAAAGCUCCCCCUUGCUGUCUAUCAACAUCAUUAAAUAUCAGGUGACAAAAUGGUGCCAUGUGUGACUAAAGCCCUGCUUUGGUUCUCUCUUUGAUGAGCUGCUGUUGUGGCUGUUACAUGCAAAAUGUGGAUCUCUCUAACUACAGGAGACUUGGUUCUGUUGUUCGGUCUUGCCCGUACCUGGAGUCAUGGGGCACCAGGUCAUCUUUCUGAGAAGGUUUCAAACAUUAGAUCAGAGAUAUUAGAAACAAAGAUCAGCACCCAACUGCUGGGGCUGCAGGCUGCCAAGUUCAGGGUGUAGCAUGAAAGAGCUGGUGCAUUUACAUGUGGGA